ACAACGGCAACGUAAGUCAAAGAUCAAAGGCUAGGGAAAGAAAAAAGGACAGAAAAUGGGGUGUUUCUUCUCUUGCUUCGACGGAGGAAACAAAGAACAGCGAAAGGAGCAAGACAGAUUGGCCUCUGCCGAAGCUCGUGCCAAAGCCGCCGAGGCUGCUCAGAAAAGGCAAGAGCAGUUUGAACAGUCAGCCGCGGGAAGAGCUGCUCGUGCCCAGGUGCAAGCGGCUGCAAAGCAGUCAGCAAAUUCUAAUAAAGGCGAACCUGUUUUGAAGUGGCAGCUGGGUUGAAGAUUUGCCUAGUCUCUCUUCAGCCAAAACUGCUAAUGUAGAUAUGGAAAUAAAUUUUGAUGUACAUAGUUUCCAAGUUGUGAAUUCCUCGCCAUUAAGCAAGUGAUACGGUACAAGUGCCCAGCAGUCAAUUUUUUUCUCCAUUUUCAGUUGUAAUGUGUAUGAUAAAUCCAAGAUGAAGUUGAGCUUUUUCUGUACAAUCUCAACCUGAACUUAUCAAAUUUCUUGGUUUCCUGUAAAGACUUAAUUCCUCUCUUAUAUUUUGUCAAUGUAGUUUUUUA